GCGACAAAAUAACCGUCCUCAAAACAAACCAAGGAAACUUGUGAAACCGCAGGUUAAGAAAAGCUGUUUGCAGGGGUCUGCUAAACUUUCAGGGCACCGCUUAACUUUGAAAAACCGCUGACAUUGAUAAGCUGCUUGUUGACUGUUAGCGCACGGACUGACUGCCGUUUAAAUUUGCCGCUGCUGCCCCGCCGGUGAACAGGCUGUUAGCGGGGAAGCGAUGUAGUAUCACAGGGACAGUGAGCUUACUGAAACACUGUUUUCCUCAUUUACCGCCUAAACUGUGUAGACUUUUUUAAAAAUGGAGGUAACGGACAUCGGGAACAAGGAGGAAGGUAAAAUCUGGCAUCGAAAACCAGCACCGGGGAGAAGUGUGUUGGUGACUGUGGUCCGCACUGCUCAGCAGGCUAAGACGGUGCGUUUCCUCCACGUCUCCUUCGACACCACCGGUGAUUCCUUCCUGGCUGGGGAUCAUCAUGGCAACAUUUAUGUUUUUGACAUAAGUAGAAACAGAUUUCGUCUGGUGCAGAAGACGGGACAGGCCUGCACUGCUCUGGCAUUCAGCCUCCGCAGGACCACUGAGUUCCUCGUGGCUUUGGCUGACUACACUAUUAAAUGCUUUGACAAAGACACUAAGCAGCUGGUGAGUUGGAUGCGAGGUCAUGAGGGAGCAGUCUCAUCCAUCUCCGUCCACAGCUCAGGCCGCUAUGCCAUCACCACGUCCUCAGACACGGCGCAGCUCUGGGAUCUGGACACGUUCCAGAGGAAGAGAAAGCUGAACAUCAGGCAGUCUGUUGGCAUACAGAGGGUGUUUUUCCUGCCUCUCAGUAACACCAUCCUCAGCUGUUUCUGUGAUGACUCCAUCUUUGCGUGGGAGAGUGACACGCUUUUCUGCAAAUACCAGCUCCCCGUUCCCGAUUGUGGACCCAGAAUCUUCUACAAGACCUUUGCUGUCACACGUGAUGGUAAGAGCCUUGCAGCAGGUGGGCGCUCCAACCUGCUGCACCUGUGGUGUCUGGACACCAAACAGCUGCUCAGGGUGAUUCAGAUGCCCACACAGGUUCGAACUGUCAGACAGCUGGAAUUUCUGCCUGACAGCUUUGACGGAGGAGCCAGCCAGACACUGGGUGUGUUGAGCCAGGAUGGCGUGAUGCGGUUCAUCAACAUUCACACAUGCAAGCUUCUCUUCCACAUGGGUUCCCACGAUGACUCCAUCACUACAGUGGCAGUAAGCCCUAACGGCCGACACAUUGUGGCUAUCAUGGAUAAUGGAAGCGUCAGUAUCUACAGCGUCCAGAGUCUCACACAGGAAUUAAACAAGCCUCCUCCAUCUCAGGUGGCAGUAGUCUCUGGUGGUGAAGCUGAUCAGGACUUUUCAAACAUAAAGGUCAAGGUCAGGUCAGAGGCUGUUCAGAGACCAGUCAAGAGCUCAGGUAGGCGUACACAAAUGAAGACCCUCAGACCUCCUGCUGGAUCUACAGCUGACGAUAAAGAGAAUGAACUGCCAGCUGGUCUGAGUAAGAAGAGAUUGAUGGCUCUGCUGAAGGCAUUUGGAGAAUACCCUGCUAAAUACAGGAUGUUUGUGUGGCGGUCUUUGCUGUGCCUUCCAGAGAAUCAUGCAGCGUACAGCAGUCUGACAGACAAAGGCCUGCAUUCAGCCUUCCUCACUCUACACGUUAAAUAUCCCAUCAAAAGUCACAAACUGCAGAGAGGACUGCAGAGGGUGUUGUCAGCUUUAGCUCACUGGGCAGCCAUCUUUGGAGAGGUGGAGUAUCUUCCUCUGAUAGCUUUUCCUUUUGUCAAGCUCUUCCAGAACAAUCCGAUGCUCUGCUUUGAAGUGGUGGCCAAUGUCAUAGUGAACUGGUGCCAGCACUGGUUUGAGUAUUUCCCCAACCCACCUCUGAACAUCCUGAACAUGGCAGAGAACGUUCUGGCUCAUCAUGACAAGGAGCUGCUGCAGCACCUGGUGGACUGUGGCAUCACUUCACAGCUCUAUGUAUGGCCUCUGCUGGAGACCUUGUUCUCAGAGGUUCUGACUCGGGAUGAGUGGCUGAAGCUGUUUGACAACAUUUUCUCCAAUCAUCCAUCCUUUCUGCUCAUGGCCUGUGUGGCUUACAUCACCUGCUGCCGUGACCCCCUCCUGCUCUGCUCACAGAAGCAGGAUUUUGAGUAUUUUUUCCACCAUCGUAACAAUCUGGAUGUUGGAGCCAUGAUAAAGGAGACCUACCGACUCAUGGGCAGCACACCAGCUGACAUCCAUCCCAGGACUAUGCUCGCUGACUUUACACCACUGACCAAAGGCCAGUACCCCAUUUUCAACCAUUACCCAGAAUUCAUAGUGGAAUACCAAAGCCAGGAAAGGGAGAAGAUACGAUUGCAGGAGAUGGAGCAUCUCCGUGAGAGGCAGGAAGUGUCAGCACAGCAUGCAGAUUUUUUACGUCGACAAGCUGAAGAGGAGGCAUUUUAUGCACAACAGGAAGUCCUGCAGAUAGCUGAAGAGCAGCGCAGAAAUAUCCUGGCACAAGAAGAGGAGAAGCUGACACAGCAGAGGGCAAAGUUGGCCGCUAUGAAGAGAGAGCUGAAGGCGAAGGAGUUACAGCUGCUGGACACAAAUAGAAGACGCUUUCUCAAACAGCAGCAGGACAUUAGAGCGUCACGGAUACAAAGAUUAGACCAGGAGAUCAGCAGGAAGAUGGAUCUUUGUGAACAGGAGACAGCUGCAGCAGCCCAGGAUCUAGAGGUCAGACAGAUGGAGCUGGAGGUUCAGAGGAAACAAUUUGAACAGCACUUGCUGAAAGAGCAGGAGCGUGUAGGACGAAGGGACGAGGAACAAGUGGAGAUGAGAACGAGGCAGGCAGAACGGGAGGAAGAGAGCUACACAGAGCUGCUGCACAACACUGACAAACGCAUGCAGAAUCUGGAGAAGUCCUUGGCAGGGGCAUGCCAUGUGGGCCUGGAGUCAGACUGGCAGAGAGAGGUGGGAGGACGCCUGCAGCAGGUUGACUCUGAACAGGACAGGAAGAGAGAGGGACUGACAAACACCAUCAGAGAUGUGGCAGGAAGGAAGUGGGAUGAAGUGAUGACUACCAGAGCUCUGUUACAGGAUCAUUUUCAGCCCCACUCUUCAGCAUGCACAGAUGGGCAGAGGCAGACGAGGAUAAGGUCACUGUGUUUGACUGGAGAUCCUCUUCACAGACACAGUGUCCCGGCUGCUGUUUCAGUUGCACCCAAAGCUGCUGGUCCAGCAGUCGGGGCCAACUCUUUGACCACUCCGAGGCCGGCAGGAAGCAAGGUGGUUUGUCUGAACAGCAGCUCACCUUCAGAGAGCACCUCCACCAACUUCUCCCUGGACCGAGGCCGGGCCCAGCUGGACAGCAGUGAGAGAGAACUGCUAAAAGAAAUCAGAGAGUUGAGACAGAAGCUGGCAGCAAGAGCCAAAGAGGGCAGCUCUGCCUCCUCACAGUCUGUCCACACACUGUCCUCUAUCUCCCAGUGACCAAACUCCCUCAAACUCUGGCUUCAGUGUCACAAAAACAUAUUCUUAUCUCAAGCUCACUGGAACAGACGGACAAUGAGUCAGACUGACAACUGCUUUCCAAGAGUUUUCAUGUCAUCCAUUCCUUCUCUUAAAAUACAAAUGCAAGUAAAGUUACUGGAAGCAAAAACCAGCUUUGAUUAUUUCAUCUCAUUCUUUAAGGAGUGUGUCUGCACCCGAGACUGUGUGUGACCAACUGACAUGCAGAUGCAAACUGUAGGUACUCUGUGUAAUCAAUUCACUCAGCUAUGAUCGAUCUGUAGUGUCCAUAGUGCAGUAUAAAUUGUUACUCUUUAAAUCUGUUGUCAUACUGCUGUCAUUCACAUUUGUCAUUUUUUUAAUAGAUGUAUUGUUGCUAUGUGAUCCAUUUUUAUUUUUUCUUACUUUUAAGAAUUUUAUAUUUGUUUUAUUUAAAAUCUGUUUGGAUAAAAACCUUCAAUACUCCUGA